AUGAGGGGUUCAGAGAUAGAAAAGGAACAUGGUCAUCACUUCCACCUCAUAGAACCAGGCAAUGGUACACGGAUUUCAGAAUUCCUUCUCCUGGGACUUUCAGAGGAACCAGAACUGCAGCCCCUCAUCUUUGGGCUUUUCCUCUCCAUGUACCUGAUCACUGUGUUGGGAAACCUGCUCAUCACCCUGGCUGUCAGCUCAGACCCCCAACUCCACAUGCUCAUGUACUUCUUUUUCUCCAACCUGUUCUUUGUGGACAUCUGUUUUACCUUGACCACCAUCCCUAAGAUGCUGGUGAACAUCCAGACACAGAGCAAAGUCAUAACCUAUGAAGGCUUCUUCUUGCAGGUGUAUUUUUUCACACUUUUUGGAGUGUUGGAUGACUUCCCCCUGACUGUGAUGGCCUAUGACCACCUUGUAGUCAUCUGUCACCCCCUGCACUACACAGUCACCAUGCGCCCUCAGCUCUGUGGACUGCUGGUUAUGGUGUCCUGGAUCACCAGUGUCCUGAAUUCCUUGUUACAUAGCUUAAUGGUGCUGAGCCUGUCCUACUGUACAGAUGUGGAAAUCCCCCACUUUUUCUGUGAACUCAGUCAGGUCAUCCAACUUGCCUGUUCUGACAUCUUUCUUAAUGAUAUGGUGAUAUAUUUUGCAAGUGUCCUAAUGGCUGGUGGUCCCCUCAUUGGGAUUCUUUACUCUUACUCUAAGAUAGUUUCUGCCAUACGUGCAAUGUCAUCAGCUCAGGGGAAGUAUAAAGCGUUUUCUACCUGUGCGUCUCACCUCUUGGUUGUUUCUUUAUUUUAUUGUACAGGCUUAGGAGUGUACCUUACCUCUGCUGUAACCCACAGAUCACAGUCAAGUGCAACCGCCUCGCUGAUGUAUUCCAUGGUCACACCCAUGCUCAACCCCUUCAUCUACAGUCUCAGGAACAAAGUCAUAAAGGGGGCUCUGAAUAGAUUGGUUGGAGUGGCAGCUACAAAAGGGACAAUUGCUCUGGGGCUGAAGAACUUCCUGUGA